GAUAGUAAGCGCCACAUUCCGCCCUGCUCCAACAUACGGUACUUUUGCGCGAAUCGCAAUCUAGGGCUGUCGGGCGCCCCGUGCGGAUAAUAAACGAUCUGGGAUCAGGUGCCUGCAUUGGCUUACAUUCCACGGAAAGCCACGAGUCAAAGAUUGCUGCUCGUGGUCUAUUUGCAAAGCGCCCUUUUAAGGACCGAGGAUGUACCUUCUCCGCAUAAGCUAGCCCCUCACCAAGUAAGACCGUUUGCUAGAGAGCUACCUGGCUACCCCACCACUUCGACCAAAAUGCCCGGUCGCCUCCAAAACAAGAUUGCCGUUAUAACGGGUGCUUCAUCCGGUAUAGGCCGCGCAACAGCCCUAGCUUUCGCUUCAGAAGGCGCCUCACUAGUCUGCUCCGACCUCCACGAAACCGCCCGUCAAGAGUAUGCUACAGACACUUCCCCUUUAACCACCGUCCAAGCCGUUCAGAAGCUUGGUGCCAAAGCCAUCUUUGUCAAAUGCAACACCACUUCCUCCACCGAAGUCGAAGCCCUGAUCCAAGCCACAGUGAAAGAGUACGGUAGGAUCGACAUCAUGGUAAAUAACGCGGGUAUUGCUAUGGAAGCGGGUGAGCACGGGAGCAGACCUAUUUGGGACUACGAGGGAAAUGCUUUUGACAAGACGGUUGAUGUGAAUGUUAAAGGUGUUUUUUGGGGGACCAAGUAUGCGAGCAAGCAGAUGGUGGGGCAGGAGCCAGGGGCUGGGGGUGAUAGAGGGUGGAUUAUCAAUCUGAGUAGUGUUUAUGGGAUGAGGGGUUCGAUAGGUAUCUCUGGUUACGUGACAUCUAAACACGCUGUCCUCGGUCUGACAAAAGCCGCCGCACAAGACUGUGCGCCAUACCGCGUCCAUGUCAACGCUCUUUGCCCGGGGUUUACAGCUACAGCCUUCAUCUCGGGGUUGCUCACGCCUGAAGCAGCAGAGCAGAAGAAGAUUGUAGAACAACGACAUCCGUUUGGAGGAUUAGGCACGCCCCAAGAUAUUGCCAAAGCGGCGGUGUUUCUGGCUAGUGAUGAUGCCGCGUGGGUCACUGGUAUAGGACUGCCGGUCGAUGGUGGGUUUAGUUCUAUGUGAGGGGCUUGGAACUGGGGAGCGUUCGGAGGACUGGCUGCUGGGAUAUGAGACGGGAAUUCCAGUGCAUUGUGUUCAGAAUAAUACUUAGCCAAAGCUGACAGUAAGGAUACACAAAACCUCUUACAUUGAGA